AUGUUAUUCGGAAUCAUGUUCGCCUUUUGGCGCUUCUUGGAGAUCGUCACCCUGAUCCCCAUCAUGGGCAUGCUCGCCUGGUUCGUCAACAUCCACCUCGAAGCCAACGUCAUGACCCCGGCCUACAUCCUAGUCCUCUUCAUCGUAUCGGUCCUCGCACUCGCCUGGGCCAUCUUCACACUCUUCAGCUACCACCGGUCGUCGGCCAACGCCCAGUUCGUCGGGGUGAUCGACCUAGCCUUUGUCGGCGCGCUGAUCGCCGGCGUCUACUAUCUGCGCUUCAUCGCCCGCGCCGACUGCGUCUCCGUCCAGCCCGGCUCGAGCGUUGACCUCGACUUUGGCAUCCUCGGCUCCGUGGGCUUUACCGGCGUCGAUGUCGCGGCGAGUAAGACGUGUAGUAUGCUCAAGGCGUGCUUCGCUCUGGGGAUCAUGAAUACCGUGUUCUUUUUUGUGACGGCUGUGAUGGCGUGGAUCCAUGGCGAUCAUGCGGUCAAGAGCGAGAAGCGCUAUGUUGAGACUAGGCGGCGCAGCCAUAGCCGGGGGCAUAGCCAUAGCCGCCAUCGCAGCCACAGUGGUCACCGCCAUGGGAGCAGGAGGAGCUCGCAUUCUCAUCACCGCGCUUAUGUUUGA